AUACGCACACGACGCAACUCAGCCCUCUCCGGGUGUCAGUGUGCGUGGUUUUGAAUAGGUGCUGCUGAAUGGCCUGCUCGCUGUUCUUUUUUUAUUACUACUGAGUUUUCGAACGUUUUCGAAGACGCUGGAAAUAUACGCACGCAUCACUAAAUUUGGUGCCUACAGUUAAAUUUUUCGUUUGCCUAAAUAUCAAACCGUGCAUGUGUGUUUCGUGUGUUUUGUGCAAAUACAGAUCUAAUUGAAACGCGCAGAGGGUAGUUUUUGGCGGGGUGGGGAGGGUAGGGACAGCCUUGUCGUCCGUCCAGCAGGAGUGCUUCAAGUGCGAGUGCGAGGGGAUGAAAGUGCUAAAAGACGAAAAAGAAGAAUUUAGCAAGGUAGCACACAUCGAGCAAAUACGCUAAAAAGGCGGCCUCCGAAAAAAGCGCCUGCGAGGAAUAGAAAUUAACGAACAGGAAAGACAACGGGCAGGUCCUACAACAUUUCCAUCCGCAAGCCCUUCGCCUGUCCCUCGGUGUGUAUGCUGUCGCACACGGAUGCAAAAAAAAAGAAAUACGCAAGAAUAGUUCCUCGUUCCGCUGUCCCGCUCCCGCAUGACGAAGUGACCGAAACACGCACUACGAUUACAGCUGCUGUUGGUGUGCUUGUGAAAAUAGGAAAGAAAGAAAAAAAAACAUCCUCACGAAGGUGUGCGCUCUAGUGCUGAAAGCAACAACGCGAGACAAACGAAGCAUUGCAUCGUCACGGCGGGGUUUCAUAAGCGACCCAGCGUACCAGCAGCAGCAGCAGGCCGCCGUUGGCAGCGCCGUACCAGAACGGCAGCCAACUUUGUCGCGGAAACCCUUAGCAACAGAAUAUCCCCCACCGGAAAAGGAACAAAAGCAAAGCACCCAAAAGGCCAAGUAGUACUUGCUUGCGUGUGGUGUGGUGGCAAUGGAUUGUCCGCACAUCGUCGAUAACGUAGGUCUCGGCAAGGAAUCGAUCAGGGCCGUGAAGAACGGCAACAUCGCCGGUACAGCCGUAUCUGCGGUCGUUGCUGCUGAACCCAUCACCCCCGCAGGAAAUCCCCUCGCGACGAAUGUGUCGGAUGCGGUAGCACUGUCCGACGUAGUAGUUGCUGCCAGUCCAACCACAGUUCUCACGGUCGCCUCUACUGCGUCAUCGUCAUCAUCAUCAUCAUCUUCAUCGGCAGCAUCGUCAAAGCAUUGGAAAUGUACAGAAUGUUCCAUCAGCAAAGACAACUGGAUGUGUUUACAGUGCGGUGCGGUACUAUGCGGUCGCUACGACAACGGGCAUGCAUUGAAGCAUUCGAAUACGAACAAAAAUCACAAUAUUUGCAUGAAUACGUCAAACCAGUCAGUCUAUUGCUACAAGUGCGAUGAAUUUGUGAUAAACGACACCAAUGACAAUGCACUGGAAGAACUCCGGCAAGAGCUAAAAGAAGGCAAUGGUGACCAGAUGGAUACCAUCUCCGAAACGUCUUCGACGCUGGAAGAAAUCAGUUCAUCCAAAUCGACCCAAGAAACGGCCAGCACGUCCUCGUCCAGUGAUUCAGGCUGGGAAGAGCCAUCCCCAACGGCACUGGUCACACCCGUUCCGAUACCAGCGGUUGCUAUCGUCAGUUCGCGGAAGUUGCGUCCCCGCAAGCGCACGAUAUCGAGCGAUAGCAACAACGAGAACGGUGCCACCACUGCCAAACGGAAGUCGAUGCGCCGGGUCGUUGGAUUGCGCAAUCUUGGUAACACCUGCUUCAUGAACUCAGUAUUACAAUCGUUAAGCAACAUACAGGAGUUUAGCUGCUACUUCAAUACGAUGCCUGCCUUGGAGAUGAAACACAAACAGAAAGCAUACCAUUCACGCAGCAUCAAGGAAACCAUGGACGAUGUGUUUGUUGUGGAGGAGCUGCGCAAGGUUCUGCUAAACCUUAGUCAAGGUGGCGAUGGGUCGAAGGGCGCUAUCUCACCCGAGUGUUUGUUUCUGGUCAUCUGGAAGGUGGUACCACAGUUCCGUGGACACCGGCAGCACGAUGCGCACGAGUUUCUGCGCUACAUGCUCGAUCGACUGCACACCGAGCUGCAGCAGGUAUCGUUUCCGAUGGAAAUGAGCGGACUUAAAUCGGGCGAAAACAAAAAUCCCUACAACGUGUCGGGAUUAAGCCACCUGCAGGCGAAGGGUCGUAACUCCAUCGUCACGAACGUGUUCGGUGGUGUACUGCAGAGCGAAGUGCGCUGUCUGAUCUGCGGUAUGGAAAGUAAAAAGCACGACCCAUUCCUCGAUCUAUCGUUAGACAUUCCGGAAAAGUUUUACAGCAAAGAGCACGCCUCGGACGGUGGUGGCAAUGCGGUGGAUGCGGCGAGUGGUGGUAGUGGAGCGCCCGUUUGUCACAUUGCUGACUGUCUCUCCAGCUUUACGGAGGUAGAAGAAUUAGCCGAAACUGAACUAUACUACUGCAACUCGUGCAAGUGCAAGCAGAAAUCAACGAAACGUUUCUGGAUUCGUCGAUUACCGAACGUGUUGUGUUUGCAUAUAAAACGCUUUCGAUGGAACAAUUUCUACAGAACAAAGAUCGACUUGAGAAUAGCAUUCCCCAUAAACGCGCUCGAUAUGUCACAGUUUGUGCUAAAUAAUGGCCCCGAAACGAGACGAUCCAAUUCCAGCUGUAACAUUUACGACCUAGCCGCCGUUAUCGUGCAUCAUGGCAAUGGCUCCAGCUGUGGUCAUUAUACGUCCUUUGCCAUCAACAAUGGUGUAUGGAUGCACUUCAACGAUCACACGGUAAAGGAAGUGAGCAGUACGGCGGUAGCUGAAUGCAAACCGUAUAUUUUGUUCUACAUAAAGCGUGAUCCAACGAAUGCCAACCGACUGUCUACGAUCGGCACCGCAGCGCCAGGUGCAGCGGGUGCCAAUCAGUCGUCCUGAGAUUAAGUUAUUUCGUUUCUGUUCAAGACUGAUUAAAACUCGUAACUGUUAAUCUGACUGAUGAUCCGCUGUUUGUUCGUACCUAGGGUUCGUGAACGCAAUUUUUUAGGCGUGUUUAGCGCCUUUUCCGCUUUCACAAACAUUGCAUGUGCAUAAUACGUUUGAAACAAAAAAAAACACACACACACACACACAAUUUAGUUUGAAUGUGAUUGACGAUUCGGUAUAAAGUGUAAAGAAGCUAUUAAAAGGUACCACCUUCACCAUCCAAAUGCCACCGUGUUCGUUUCGGUACCAUUUUUUUUAUUUUAAUUUAUACCAUGCUGUGGAUCUAGAAAUGCAAUAAAAUUAGUCUCCCAGCUUUGAUAAUAGUGGGAACCAAAAGAAAAAAAAAACACAUAAAAAGUAAAAUGAUAAAACGUACGAAGAUGCACAAAUGCGUAAGCAAAAAAAAAAAAUAUAACAAAGUGCGAUGAAACGGCGACAAAAAACAACAAGUGUAUAGAAUAAUAGAUAUGUAUAAUUGUAGAAUUUGAAAUAGUUUAAAGUACGGCUGCAGAUCAUAAUUCGAUGAAGUAAGAUAGCGUGAUUUAAUUUUGAACAAAUACUUAGAUAUACCUCCUUUUUCUAUUUCCAUAAAGCAAGUAAUGUAAAAAAAGCAAACAAGAAAAUCUUUUUUCUUUUUGUUUUAAAUUUUUCGCUCACUGUCCCAGUGCUUUCCUUUUCCAUUCUGUUUUGUACAUAUGUCGCCCGGUUGCUUUCCCUGCCGUGAAAUGUUCCAUCGAU